CAACCACUGGCUUCGAGCAGCUCGUUCCUUAAGUAUGUUGGGACCCAGACCUUUUAAUUUUACUUCAGUGAUCUCAAAAGCAGGAACCUCGUGUUUGCCACUAUUCCAGUUGGUGCUCUCGGACCCACCAUGUGAAGAAAGUGAAAUGUGCAUAAACUAUAAAGAUCGAUACACAAGUGACUGGUAUAUCUGGUUCUUGCUGCUGAUUUUCCUGGUGACUCUUCUCUGUGGAGUCAUGUUCUUCUGCCUCCACUGCUGGCUGAGGAGACCCCGAAUGGAAUCCCCAAGUCGCACCAUGGCUGUUUUUGCUGUUGGAGACUUGGAUCCCGUUUAUGGGACAGAAGUGGCUGUGAAUCCAACUGUUGGAAUUCACCUUCAAACUCAAAACCCUGAAAUGUGUCCUGCUCCAUGUUUUGGCACUUUAGACCCCCCACCUCCAUAUGAAGAAAUUCUGAAAUCAAGCUGAUAGCUCCAGAUCGUCAACUGACAACAUUAGAAACAUUUUUU